UUAAGCCUCCUCCAUUUUAAUACCACUUCACAGAGAGACCCCAGGGAAAAAGAGGAAAACACAAGUACCCAUCAACCGAUACUGCACACAAGAACACAUCUACCAAAAAACUCGAGGAAGAAAGAAGCAUGAGCUCGGUCUGCAUAUCGAGCUGCCUCAACGACGCGCGUGCUGUGCAGGCUCCGGUCCGGGCCACCUAUGUGAACCUCUACAAGUGGCCCGAGUCCGACGCAGAGUUCGUGAGAUCGGUGAGCUCCAACAGGCGUGCAGGCGGCAGUGGCGGCAGGACCAUCGAUCACCACGCGAUCCACGCUAGGGUGGUGGACAGCAUCUCCUGCAGGCAAAUGUACCUAAGGAGCUACCCGCUUUCCAGAGAGGAGAACGCCUUGCCAGACAACGAGACCCGGUGCUUCAGUCGUCGCCGCAGAGCAAAAGGAAGUGAAGGCGAUAAGAAGAGGAAGGAACGGCGUCGUAGAAGAAGGUGCGUGGCGUUGAGGAAAGUGAGGGAAGCGUCUUGGACUGCCAUGUUCAGGAUCUUCCACAGGCUGCUCUCGUGCUCCGCCAGUGUAGACGUUGUUGACUGAAACCCUUUAUUCUUUUUUUGUUCUUUGAUUGUUUUAAAGCUUUUUCUAUGAUAUAAAAGCAGAGGGAGAACAUAUCUGGUUCGAGCUAUGAACGCUUUGAGAUUGUCUUUUCCCUCUGUGCCUUUCUUUUUUUGGCCUCUUCUUGAGUUUAAUUUAUAGAAGUUAAUUCGUUCUCUUCUUGUUUUUCUUCCUCUUUUAGUGUUCCCUUGUUGAUGGACAUCUGAGGGAGAAUGAAGCUAUGGUGUUAUACUUAAGUAAUGGAGGGAGAAUUUGAUGUGUA